CAAUCCAACCAUAUCCUCUCUCUCUCCCUCUCUCAUGUCUUCCCUUCGCUCCCCUUCCCCCCUUCCCAUUUCCCCGCCGCCUUUCUUCUCCUCCUCACGCUUGCAGUCUUCUCAUUUGCCUUACUUCUCGGAGUCUUAUUUGGAGGGGAAGAGACCCCAACUUACCUCCAAUCCCCGUCGAGGUAAUCCAACUCCUCUUCCAACAGUAGUUUUCUCUUGUGGAGUACACACAACAUGCACACAAUCACCAAAAUUUCUCACUUGUAGAAGGAGCAGUAGAUUGCCCACUACAUCAGUAGAAUUAGUUAAUUUCGUCGAGAAAAGUGGUAUUUUUCCUCAAUCUUCGGAGAAAGAUGGUGUUAUUCCCACGGAACAAGCAGGUGAGAUGGUGGAUUUUGUGAUGGAAAAUGGCGAAUUGCCGAACGAAGAAAAUGGUGCCAACUGCGAUGCUAGUGAAGUAGUAGCAGAGUAUCCCCAUUUAGUUAAUGAAGAUUGUCGAAUAGCCGAAAAGGAAAAUGUCCAUUUUGUAGAAGAGAAUUAUGUAUUGGAUACUGACAGGGAAAGAGUGGACCUUGGUUCUGUUGAGGGAGAUGGUACCUUGCCCGCUGAGGAAGGAUAUGAUGCUGCCAAUGUCAUUGAGGAAAAUAGUGGGAUGCUUGAAAACGAGCAGGACGUGCUUGUUGAUUUUGCUGACAGAAAGGUUUAUUCACCCGCCAACAGUGUGAAGUCCUUGGAUUCUUGUCAUAGAAGUGGUAGGUUGCAUGUAGGUGAUCUUGUUAAGAAAAUCAGUGGUUUACCAAUUGAAGAGCGUGUGAAGGUUCUUGAUGUUUUUGAAUAUGACGAUAAAAGUUUAACCGUCUCUGACUACAAUGACAUCCUCAUAGCUCUAGUGAAAGCUGGUGAAUUUGAAUCUGCUGUGAGUCUGUUUUCUGAGCUUCCAUCCCGUGGGUUGUCGCCGGAUUCCUUGUCCUUCUCUAUCAUGAUUCAGUCUUUAUGUAAGAAGAAUGAACCGGAUGAGGCAAAACAGGUUCUAGAUGACAUGGUGCAAAGUGGGUUUCGUCCAAACAUUAUUACAUUCACGGAUCUGGUUAACAGUUUGUGCAAGAGGGGAAGACUGAAGAAAGCUUUUGAGGUUUUUGAGAUCAUGAAUCAAGUUGGGUGUGAGCCCACAAUUAGGACUUACAAUUGCCUUAUCGGUGGGCUGUGUUAUGUGGGGAGGUUGGAGGAGGCCUUUCAACUCUUACAGAAAAUCAAGAAGUCUACAAAGAUGCCAGAUAUCUAUACAUUUACCUUGGUCAUUGAUGGGUUUUGCAAGGUUGGGCAGCCGGAUGAGGCAAUUGAGCUGUUAAUAGAAGCUCGGGAGAUGGGACUGAAACCGACAAUUGUUACAUACAAUGCCCUUCUUAAUGGGUAUUGCAAGGAAGGCAGGCCUUUGGAAGGACUUCACCUUUUGGAAGAAAUGCAACAUGGAGAUUGCCUUCCGGAUAAAAUUAGUUAUAGCAUCAUGUUACAGGGCUUGUUAAAAUGGGGUGAAGUUUCUGCAGCUUGGAAGACUUACAAGAAAAUGAAGGAGGCUGGUUUUCAGGUAGAUGUGCGAGUCAUGAACACGCUCCUCAGAGGCCUUUGCAGACAGACAACAAUCAACGGUGAACUGCUAAAAGAUGCUAAGGAGCUAUUUGAGAAGGUUAUGGAAAUGGAUUUUGGCCCUUCACCUUACACUUAUUGCUUGAUGGUUCAAGCUCUUGCUGUAGGUGGUGAGAUUGAUGAGGCAUUAGCCCAUUUGCAUGAGAUGGUAAGAGCAGGGUAUUCUCCAAGAAUGAUGACAUGCAAUGUGAUUCUACGAACUUUAUGUGAGGAAGGGAGAGUUAAUGAUGCAUUAGGUAUUUUGGUUCUUAUGAUUAAAAGAGGGAAAAUUCCUAGUAGAUUCUCUUUUCGUGUAUUGCUCAAUGAGCUUAGUCGACAGGGAAGACUGUUAGAUGCUUUUGGAGUAUAUGCAGCUGCAAUCAAACGGAAUGUAAUUUCCAAUUGGACACCACAAAAGGAUUGGCAGAAUGAAGAGGAAUUAAAACAUAUUCAAGGUGGGGAAAGCAAAACUGAUCAAAGCAGUAAAGAAUACUUAACAUGUGCGAAUAUCAAUUUCAUAAAAUGAGCUGCAAAGAUAGCAAUGAAAUUGCCCACUGAAGAUUAUAUUGCUCAUAUGCAAUUGAAGACAUCCCAUGAGAGCACUUGCAUCUCCUGUUGAGUGUUAAUGGAAAAGUUCCAUGAUCCACAAGCAAUGAAAUUUAGUUUCAUUUCAAAUGCGCAUAUAUGAGAAACAAUCCAACUAGAAAUGGGCACAUCAUCAUCAACUGCUGGAUAUGUUGCCUAUGACAUCAAAUGAGCUCAGUAGUUUUGUCAAUAUACUCUGAACUCUGAAGCCUUAAGGAUGGCGGGGCAAGUUAUUCAUGGAAGAAGAUUUAAGCAAUUAGAAAUGGUUCGAGGGCAGGAGUAAGAAAAACAACAAAUGAAGCAUAGAAGCUGUUCCUUGCAAAUGUUGGAGCUUAAAGAUCCUCAAAAUGGACGAAACCAGUAAUGAAAAUUAGCUGUAAUACUCUUAAUUAAGCUUUUCAUUAACAGAAAAGGCAUUUAUAUAGUUCGAGUAAUGCAGUUACAAUUUAUUACAAUGCUAAGUUAGUCUUUCAUCUGUCUCUUCCAUGACCCUGCUAAGGGUUUAAAUGGUUUACUACAAAUGAUUUGUACCUAUUUGUGUAUGUUUCCCAUUUAGUGUAAGCUAAUUUCUAGAAAGUAAUGCAGUUUGUAAUUACUUGCCUCCU